AUGACAAUUCCUGCAGAUAAGCAUAUAACACAAUUACAAAUACAUAAAAAUAUUUUCAUUACUCUGCGCUUAUUUCCAGAUACAAAGUGCAAUUGUGAGGAAUUGGAUCAAAAACUUCGAGAUUCUCGACAACAGGAAAAAUAUCGCAUCGAUAUGAAACGCUAUAAUCAAAAGUUACAUGAACAGACUACAAAAGCUGAGAAAGCUAUGAAUGCUUGGGCAACGAGUAAAACGCAAUUGGAACAAUUGCAACAAUUACAAAAGAAUGCUGCCGCUAAUGAUGAAGAGGUCUUAGGAGAAGCCUCAACAAAACCUGCCGUCACCCUAAACGCGGAAUUGAUAUAUGCAGAUGUGCAAACUGAUGGAGAUUUAAACGAUAUGAUUCAAUCCUUGCAAGGCAAGAACAAUGAUUUGAAAAAGAUCUGUCGUUUUCGUUGCAAAACCAUUAAAGAUUUGGAAGAGAAAAUGCCGCAGAAAGAGAACACCGAGGGCAAUUCGUUAUCCGCUUUAGAAAUAAUUCAACAGAAAUAUGAAAAUGCCAAAAUGAUCUUGCAAUCAAGACGUGAUGAAAUACGUAAAUUACAGGAACAGUUGAAUGUGAAAAACUAA